AUGGGUUUCGUUCACGAUAUUACAGACUCGAUCCAGAGACACAAUGCCCAGGUUGCCGAGUACGGCGUGCUAGGCUACGCUGGCGUCGUUUUCCUGGUGAUUUUCGCCUACUGGCUCUACAGAACAGUUAAGCUUUUCUACUUGAGAAAGAAGUUUGGCGCCGAAGAGGCCCCCUGGAUCCCACAAUCGGGUUGGUUCAAUUCCAGACCCGCUCUUGAGAUGUUUGCCCGUAAAAGAGAGGGAAACUUGGUGGGUUGGUUGUGGACCAUUUGGAACGGAGAACACGAGAACUACAGAGUGAGAAUUGGCGGUGACACCCUUUUCGUAACCACCGAUCCAGACAACUUGAGAGCCGUUUUGGCCACCCAGUUCAACGACUUUGCCUUGGCCUUGAGACACUCCCACUUCAAGCCCGUUUUGGGUGAUGGUGUCUUCACUUUGGACUACCUGGGAUGGAAACACUCGAGAGCGCUUUUGAGACCAAACUUCUCCAGAGAGAAGGUGUCGCACACUCAGGCCUUGGAGAAGCACGUCCAGCACUUGUUCAGACACAUCAAGAAGCAUGCUGGCGAGAAAUUCGACUUGCAAGAGUACUUUUACCGUUUCACCGUUGACACCUCCACCGAGUUUUUGUUUGGUGAGUCUGUCUACGGUCUUUUGGACGACUCUAUUGGCGAGUACCGUGACGAGGAAUUUGAGGGCCAGUUCCAGUUCUACGAGGCUUUCAACCGUGCCCAAGAGAUUAUGUCCACCAGAGCCUGGAUGCAGAAGUGGUACAUGUUCCACAAUCCAAUGGACUUCAAGAGGAAUACCAGGAUUGUCCACAACUUUGCCGACUACUACGUCAAGCGUGCUCUUAGCAUGAGCGAGGCCGAGCUCGAGAAGGUUUCAGACGGAUACAUUUUCUUGUACGAGCUUGUCAAGGAGACUAGAGACCCCGCUGUGUUGCGUGACCAAUUGUUGAACAUCAUGAUUGCCGGCAGAGACACCACCGCCGCUUUGAUGACCUUCACCUUCUUCGAGUUGGCCAGAAACCCUGACAUCUACAACAAGUUGAAGACGGAGAUUCGUGAGAAGUUUGGUCUGGGCCAGGAUGUCAAUGUCGAGGAUAUCACGUUUGAGACGCUCAAAAAGUGUACCUACUUGAAGUACGUGAUCAACGAGGUGCUCAGAUUGUACCCAGCCGUGCCCGUCAACUACAGAUUUGCCAACAAGCACACCACGUUGCCAAGAGGCGGUGGCCCCAACGGCGACAAGCCCGUGUUCAUUGAAAAGGGCACUUGUAUCGGCUACUUGGUUUGCUGCACACACAGAAACGAAAAGUACUAUGGCAAGGACUCGCACGUCUUUAGACCCGAGAGAUGGGCCGACCGUAACUUGAAGCCCGGCUGGGCGUACCUCCCUUUCAACGGUGGGCCUAGAAUCUGCUUGGGCCAGCAGUUUGCCAUUACUGAAGCUUCAUAUGUGAUCUCCAGAUUCUUGAUGGAGUUUGACAAGCUUGAGUCCCACUACCCCGAGCCUGAGCGUUACCCACCACGCCAGGUGUCUCAAUUGACAACCACCCUCGCCACCGGUAACUGGUUGUCCAUGGAAUAG